CCUUGGCCUUUUUUUUUAUUGUUAUUAUUUUCUUACGAGGUGCGUUGGCGUCUCGCGACACAAACAAAAAAGGAACAUUAACCCGAAGCACCAUUCAUUCCUUUCGCUUUUCGCCCCCCUCCUCCCCCAGCCGCACUUUUAUCAUUUUAUCUUGUGUAUAAGCCCGCCGGCUCUUCCGCGUUUCUCCUUUUUUUUCUUUCAAAGUUGAAACUAUUUGAUGCGGCUGAAAAAAAGAUAUUUGACUGAGGCGAUAUCUAUAAACAAUAUCCCACUCCUUUUUUUUUUAUCUUGAGUUUUUGCAUCUUGCUGUCUUUGUAUUUUUUUUUUUCUUUUUUUCCCUCUCUGUCAAAUGUACCCGUCAAAAAGACAGUCACAUCCCGCGCCAUGCCGGCCUCCAAGACUCACGGAUCAGGCAAGACCGAAGCAGCCGGAGGCUCGGCGUCUCAGCAAAACUCGGGCUCACAAAAGGUGUCCAAGCCGCCCAAGAAGCGCCGGCCGGGGGCUUGGGGCACAUCCAAGGUCCGCACUGGGUGCCAAACUUGCAAAACAAGACACAAAAAGUGCGACGAGGGCAGGCCUGCCUGCGAACAAUGCCUGACAGCCGGGUGGGAUUGCGACUUUUUGCAGCAGCCACAACAGCAGCAACAGCAGUACUACACCUACCCACCACAAGAUCCUUCCAGCACACACGUGGAGACCGAAACCAUCAUGUCGCCGACGGAUCCCUUUUCAACUCGUGACGGGAGACAACUUCUUUGGGACCACGACGAGGUGUGACGUUGAGGGUGUGGGGGGUGGGGGUGUGGAAAUGUUCGGCUUUUCCCGGAGGAUGAUAUAAGAGGGGUAAACGGUUUUUUUUAUAUAUACCAGCGCGACAUGUUCUUUUUUUUUCUGCCUUGUUGCGCAAUUACGAAUUUACGAACAGAUGGACUUGGCUGGUUGAAUAGAAAGGGGCCAAGUGUGCCUGGCGUUUUUACUUUCUCCUAUAUGUUCCAUUUUUCUUGUCUAUUUGUUUUUCAACGAUGGCCAAACAUGUAGGAAGAAACUAAAUCUUUUCUCUUCUCUUCUCCAGUACCCUGGCACGUUUACGUUCGGCCACGUCAUCCCUCUUCUCCCUAUUGGGCCUCAGCAGCGUGGUCGCCUCCUCGCCCGGCUGGAACCACUGCAGCAGCAGGUGGUGGUCCAUGUCGUCGUCCUCCAUGUGACCAUCGCUCAGGAGCUCUCGCUUGGCCAGGCUCCUCCGCACCCUCAGCUCCAAGAGGUCCGUGUCGAAGCAGUCCUCUGUGACACCGCCGCCGUCGCAAAGCGGGAGCACCUCGUUGGUCCUCGGGUUGCAGUACUUGCCCUCGGUCCACGACACAAACUUGGGGCCCUUGGAGCCGCCCAUACACAGCGCCGUGGCCGUCUGGGCCGUGUUGUUGGAGAAGACGAUGCGCGUGUCCGACGACGCCAGAGAGCGCCGGAAUGGACGUCCAGCUCUCUCCCACCUGUCUAUCGGGCGCUCUCCCGGCCACGCACGCCAAGGCCUGGAGGUUCCGAAGGGUUGGGG